AACUCACGAGGGGGCGGAAUGAGAAACCACACAAGAUAAGAAAACUAUUAAAACAACUUUCUGUUUAACAUACCAAGAGACAAACGCUAAGCGGAAAAAUAGAGGGUAAACGGUAAAGAAGCGCAGUGGACCGGUUCUUCUCACCUGAAAAACCUUUGAAUAGCACACCGCUAGAAAAUAAUCUAGACGGGAGGGAUUUCACCUUUAAACCUUUUAAAAAUACUUAAAACUUUUAUUUAAAGAAACUUGAGGUUUCGGCGCCAUGCCAUUUUUUGUAUUUACUCCAUUGCCUUUUCUCUGUCUCCUCAUUUUUCUUCACGUCUCAUCAACUUCAGAGGUGAACAGCUCAAACAAGUCAAUCAGUCAAAGGGCUCGGGCCUUGCCUCUGAUUAACGAUUCUAUUCCAGAGAAGUAUAAGGAGCAGAUGCAGAGCUACAGCUUUACACUAGUGGUUCCUCUUCUCUGCUUCAUCGCCUUUUUCACUGGGCUUCCCACAAACUUGUUGGCCCUCUGGGUGCUGCUCUUGCGAACUAAGAAGCUCCCAUCCACCAUUUUGCUGAUCAACCUCACCAUCUGCGAUCUUCUGCUACUGCUGGUGCUCCCCUUCCGUAUCGUCUACCACUUCCUCGGCAACAACUGGACAUUUGGAGAACCAUUCUGUCGUGUUGUAAUUGCGCUCUUCUAUGGAAACAUGUACGGCUCAGUGGUUUGUCUGGCACUGAUCGCCAUGGAUCGCUAUGUAGCUCUUGUUCACCCUUUUGGUGCCAAGAUGCUUAGAAGUAACAAGAAUUCUGUCUAUAUGAGUGUUUUGGUUUGGAUAGUGGUUUUAGCUGCUGUUGUGCCCUUGUUAGCCUCACAACAGUCCUAUAAGAUAAUCAACCCUCCUAUAACAACUUGCCAUGAUGUACUACCUAUAGCACAGCAUAAAAACUACUUCCUGCCAUACUUUACCACUCUCUUCUCCCUCUGUUUCCUGCUUCCACUGCUGGUUGUGCUGUUCUGCUAUUCUGCAGUGUUACGUACCCUUAUGGCUGAAGGGCAGCGUUUUGCUCAUGCAAUUAGAGUGACUGUGCUGAUGUUAAUUGUUUUUGUGGUUUGCUUAUUGCCUAGUAACAUUCUCUUGCUUUUGCAUUACUCCAAAUCAGACUUUGACCUUUAUGUUCCAUACCAGAUCACUUUGUCUUUCAGCACCUUCAACAGCUGCUUCGAUCCUUUCAUCUUUUAUUAUGUGUCUAAGGAUUUCAGAAAGAAGUUAUGGGAGACCCUCAGAUGCUUUUGGUCUGAUUCAGAAUCCUCCUCAGAAUCUAGGACAAAGAUGACCUUACUAUCAAAGAUGAGCAGGACUGAAGGAACAGCUUGAUCAUGAGGUUAGCAAGACAGGCAUGCAAAUCUGAAGAUAUCAGGUUAUAUACUCAAUCAUUCUAGGGCGUAUUGAAUGAUUACCAUAUAGAGCUGUCUGUCCACCCAUCUGUCAGUCUGCCUAUCCAUGUAUAUAACUUAAAAUUAGUUUAAUUUGCACAGAAACCUCAACUGGCAUGAGGAGAUAUUAAUUCAUUUCCUCCUUAUUUCCUUUAGUCAUUUGUGAUACAAGAGACAAAUAGGUAUAUUUAAAAACAUUUAAAGAGGCAAGGCAACAUACAACAGUAGUCAUGCUUUCAGGCUUUCUUGCAUGACGGCCCAAAUGCAUGUUGGCAUCUAAAAUUUGAAUGCGUUGAAUGCUGUUUGUAAAAAAGCACAAGAUGGCUCAGCAAGCUCCAGGGCCUAAAGUUGACUGUUAGAUUAAUAACGGUGGAAAAUUGUAAUUUUAACACUGAUAUAAACAGUCAUGCAUUUCAUGCAGAUAUCCAACAAAACCCAGACAAUUCAGUGUUUGUAGGAGCAGUGCGAA